AUGUCAGACUCUGAAAUCAACAGUGCCCUCGCCCCGAGCUUCGAGCACCUUGAACUUGCCCCUUACCAGUUUGGCAGAGUUCCACCACACCUACAACUCCCGCAGGAGCUCAUUGACCUGAUCAACGAAUACGUCACUGGAGGCAGGCCCGACAGACCGCACUACUUUGGUUCGGUGGACCCGGCGCUAUGCCUUGUCAACAAGCAGUGGAAUCGGAUUUUUGCGCCUCUGCUCUACACGCAGUUUCAAUACCACGGCAAUGUCAACAAGCUGCACACACUCUGGAGGUUCCUCCGUACGCUCGUCGAGUCUCCCAGGCUCGCGGGCUACGUCCAGGAGCUCUGGCUCACCACCUCGGAGAUCCUCGAGCCAUUCCACCCGGCGGACACAGAGGAGGCCAACAAGUUUAUCGCGCAAUAUUUCCAGAUGCCUAUUCCGGACGACUUGACAAUCGACCAUCCGCCGGCGGAUGAAAGAGGCUUGAGCGUGGGGGAACGAGAAAGGGCGUACCUGGACCCACUAACCGCCCUUGUCAUCGGCCACUGCCCGAAUCUGCGACGGCUCAGCUACGAUAUCUUGAAUGUCUCGGGCGAUACACCCGAUGCCUGGGACAGAAUGGUCAGCUGUGCCACUGGAUUCCACACGACGGCCUGGACGCUCCGCAGGCGAGGCGAAGAAACCCCAAUCAAGCCGCUGCAGAAGCUGCAAGUUCUUCGCCUCGCCGGGGCCCGAUACAGAUCGGAUUUCAACAGCCCGGGCGCGGGACAGGCGCGUCGGGUCAACGCCUAUGCAUGGGAAUGGUGUAAUUACUUCAACUUACCACACGUGCAAGAGUUGACUGUUCUCAACGAGGCCACCACCGCCCUGCUGUCGACCCCUCAACAUCGCGCACGGGCAAUCGAGCGGCUGACCAUACACGGCACCUACCUCUACCGCAGCAAGAUCAUCUUCGACUAUACCCGAAACCUUCGCCAGCUGAGUCUGAAGCUCAUGAACGAGUUCGCCAGUAGAAACGGACACAAUGGGGAUCCGAACGGACCACGGGUCUGGAAAGAAGCCUGGGAAAUGCUCCGUCGUUUCAAGGACACGCUUGAGUAUCUCGACCUCUACCAGCCGCCGUUCAAUAUGAAACCCGGGGCCCCAGCCUUGUUCGAUAAUUCUUGCGCGGGCAGGUACGGUCGCGAGCUGAUGCCAUUCUGCCCUCCCCUGGCCGAGUUCAAGAAUCUGCGCCAACUCAACCUCCCCCCGCUGGGACUUCACGGAUACCAAUGCGACCACCCCGACGGCCAGAAAUUCCGAAACCACUUCCCGCCGAACCUGGAGUCUAUUGGAAUCUACACUGACCCCGGGAAGUGGGUCCAGCAGUACUUUUACUACCUCGACACGGAGCUUGAAGGGAUCGCCCUGGAGGGAUCGCGAGCCGGGGGCAGGCUGCAGGCGGUGGUCUGCGACUCUACACAUGCUGGAAGGAUCGACACGCACGGGUUGCAGGCGGCUUGUGCGGCCAAUGGCAUCUUCUACAGCGGUGAGGGAGAUAAAUAUCUAUCCUACUGCGGUAGGGAGAGCUUUUGGAGGGACAUCAUUGAUUCGGAGCUGUGCGGUGACCCAAAGGAGCGCUUUGAGAAGCGAGACCCGGGUCGCGUGAUUCCGCGGGGGAUGGUGGUGAAUGAUAUUCCAGGGCGGUUGCGUGAGGAGGUUCCAUUUUAUUGGUAG